GAGAUUCAGUUUAAGUUGGACGCAUGCUCAUUGCUCAGUCACCCUCUCCCUAACAACUCCGUGUACGCGCGUGCCAUGAACGAAGCCUCCACCAUCACCAUAGACCCCAACCUUGCGGGGUGUUCCAUUCCAUGAACCAUGCCUUCUUCCCCGAAAUCCUACUCAUCCUACGCGCGCCAAGCCACGCCCUUCUCUUCACGCAGAUCCACGCUCUUCAUCGUUCUCUCCGCGCUUUUCCUCUUCGGAAUCGUCGCGUUGCUGAGGCCGUUUGGAGGUUACCGGUGCGAGAGUCCUCGCCCACGAUCGGUUCGGGUGGUGUGGGAGCACGCGCGUGGAAGCAAUGAGGUUGGCGAUAGGCACAAGGUGAUGGGGUUUGUGGGUAUUCAAACGGGGUUCGGAUCCGUUGGGAGGAGAGAAGCGUUGAGAAAGACUUGGUUUCCCUCCGAUCGCCAAGGCCUUCAACGCUUGGAAGAAGCUACUGGGUUGGCUUUUAGGUUUAUCAUUGGUAGAACAAGUGAUAAAGCAAAGAUGUCUGCGCUUCAGAAGGAAGUAGCAGAGUAUGAUGAUUUCAUUAAGUUGGAUAUCCAAGAGGAGUACAGUAAGCUCCCAUACAAAACGUUAGCUUUCUUCAAGGCUGCUUAUGCCCUUUUUGAUGCUGAGUUUUAUGUCAAAGCUGAUGAUGACAUAUAUUUAAGGCCAGAUCGUCUAUCAUUACUAUUGGCAAAAGAGCGAUCUCACCCUCAAACUUACAUAGGAUGUAUGAAAAAGGGACCUGUUUUCACUGAUCCAAAACUCAAAUGGUAUGAGCCACUGUCAUUUUUACUUGGAAAGGAGUAUUUUCUUCAUGCUUAUGGUCCGAUAUAUGCUCUUUCUGCUGAUGUCGUCUCAAGCUUGGUUGCUCUUAGAAAUGACAGUUUCCGGAUGUUCAGCAAUGAAGAUGUUACUAUUGGAGCUUGGGUGCUUGCGAUGAAUGUCAAUCAUGAGAAUAAUCAUGAACUGUGCGCUACAGACUGUACAGCCACAUCUAUUGCUGUGUGGGAUAUUCCGAAGUGUUCAGGCCUAUGUAAUCCAGAAAAGAAAAUGUUGGAACUCCAUCAAAAGGAGACCUGCACUAAAAGCCCAACUCUGGAAUCGGAUGACGAAUAGAAUUUGUGGGUAUAUUAUAAAGCAAAGUAAGCUCACAAGGUAGUAGAGGAAUUGCUUGUUCAUGUUAUUUCUUACUGCCACGAUAUGCUGCCACUACCAUUCUACUUUUGAUUUUUCUAUUUUUCCUUUCAUCCUGUUAGACGACAGGUUGCUGUGUUUUAUUUCUUUUUUUUUUCUCUCUCUGUCAUAUUCUUCCCUUUGUAUACUAGGAGAGAGUAGCAUUGAGCGAUAUGAAGGAGCUUCUUCAGGGAAGAUAUUUUAUAUAGAUGAAAAAAUAGAUACACGUUACGGAUGAUGAGAUCACGAUAUCAUUGUUAAUUGACUAAUUUCCUGAUUUUAAUGUCAUUCUUUAUUGGGAUUAUACAUAUUCGGAUUCAUUUUGUACU